AUGGGCGCUGGCGGCCCCCGGCGGGGAGCGGGCCCCCCAGACGGCGGCUGGGGCUGGGCGGUGCUGGGCGCCUGCUUCGUGAUCACCGGUUUCGCCUACGGCUUCCCCAAGGCGGUGAGCGUCUUCUUCCGCGCCCUUAUGCGCGACUUCGGCGCGGGCUACAGCGACACGGCCUGGGUGUCCUCCAUCAUGCUCGCCAUGCUCUACGGCACGGGUCCGGUCUCCAGCAUCCUCGUGACCCGCUUUGGCUGUCGCCCGGUGAUGCUGGUGGGUGGGCUAUUGGCCUCGGCGGGCAUGGUGCUAGCAUCCUUCGCCACGCGCCUCCUGGAGCUAUACCUGACGGCUGGGGUGCUCACAGGCCUGGGCCUGGCCCUCAACUUCCAGCCGUCGCUCAUCAUGCUGGGGCUGUACUUCGAGCGGCGGCGGCCCCUAGCCAACGGGCUGGCGGCGGCGGGCAGCCCCGUGUUCCUGUCGGCGCUGUCGCCGCUCGGCCAACAGCUGCUCGAACACUUCGGCUGGCGCGGCGGAUUCUUGCUGCUCGGCGGCCUCCUGCUGAACUGCUGCGCUUGCGGCGCCGUCAUGCGGCCGCCGCCGGGACCCGGCCCGCGGCCGCGCGGGGACAGCGCGGACGACGCUCCCGGGGAGGCGGAAGCGGACCGCGCCGGGCUGCGCCUGCGCGAGGCGCCCCCUGGCGGCCGGACCCGCCGCCGCCUGUUGGACGUGGCCGUGUGCGCCGACCGCGCCUUCGGGGUGUACGCCGUCACCAAGUUCCUGAUGGCCCUCGGCCUCUUCGUGCCCGCCAUCCUGUUGGUGAACUACGCCAAGGACGCGGGCGUGCCGGACGCCGACGCCGCCUUCCUGCUGUCCAUCGUGGGCUUCGUAGACAUCGUGGCGCGGCCAGCGUGCGGCGCCCUGGCGGGCCUGGCGCGCUUACGACCUCACGUCGCCUACCUCUUCAGCCUGGCCCUGAUGGCCAAUGGCCUCACGGACCUGAGCAGCGCGCGCGCGCGCUCCUACGGCGCCCUUGUCGCCUUCUGCGUCGCCUUCGGCCUCUCGUACGGCAUGGUGGGAGCGCUGCAGUUCGAGGUGCUCAUGGCAGCCGUGGGGUCGCACCGCUUUCCCAGUGCUCUGGGCCUGGUGCUGCUCGUCGAGGCCGUGGCUGUGCUCAUUGGACCCCCCUCUGCCGGCCGCCUGGUGGACGCCCUGAAGAACUACGAGAUCAUCUUCUACCUGGCCGGCUCUGAGGUGGCCCUGGCGGGGAUCUUCAUGGCUGUGGCCACCAAGUGUUGCCUGCGCCGCUCUAAGGACACCCCGCCCAGCCAAGGCGCCCAGGGCGGGGCCAGCGACACUGAGGACGCUGAGGCCCAAGAGGACGCUGAGGCCCUGCCCGCCGGCGCUGAGGAGCCCGGCAGCCUCCAGGCCCUGGAGGCGCCAAGCCCCGGGGCUGGGCCGGGGGAACCAAAGGAGGCGGCAGAGCCGGGCGUGGACCCCGAGUCUGUAUAGCUCGGGGGGCACUAGGCGAGGUGGCUGGUGACUUUGGGAACGGGCCGACCCUCUCAGAGCCCUGGCUGUCCCGAGGGGGCCUGGAGCACUGCAGGCUGCUCUGCAGAGGUUGCCCCUGGGGUCCUGGGUGGGCCGCCUCCCUCGUCUGCCCAGCAGGCCGCGGCCAGGCCCUGCCCUCGCUC